UAAUUAACAGCAUAUUUUCUCUAUUUAAUAACUAAACAAACGAAAAGAAAAGAACAAAACGAAGGGGUGGACCACAUGCGUGUCAAGAAAGGCCGGUCGUUACCGUUAAUCCGUGUCGCGCUCUAAUUGGGCCACGUUAACGGCGUACCCGGAACACGUGUACACAUCCUCAAAAGAAAAAAAGAAGAAUGGACGGCAGAGAUUGUAUCUAGGUACCAGGAAAUGGAACGUCACACCAAACGGUACGUGUCGGAUGCUGCCCGUCGAUGGGGGUGACGGUCAGCAACUCAUUAAGCUUUCAUUCACGCCCCCUGCCCGUAAAUUACGUGUUACCCUUCCAUGCGGAGAAAAAAAAAAAACUUUUCUUUUCUCCUUUCCUUUUUAAAUCAAACCUUUCCUUUUUAGAAUCCUCAUUGCAUUUCUUAACGCUCAAUAUCUCUCUCUCUAUUUCUCUCUUCGUCUCAGUGAUUGUAUCUGAGAAUUGUUUUGUUUAUUUUGAUCUGUAAUUGAAGUUGUUGCUGAGAUCAAAUGGCUGGGAUUUGCUGUGGUGUUGUUGGGGAGAGUGAACCAACGGUUACGGUUGAUUCCUCUACUCGAGCUUCUCUGAGACGGAGGUUAGAUCUACUCCCUUCGAUCAAAAUCGUCGCUCCUCCACUCGAGAGCUCCCGUAAGCGGCAGAAGUGUGAGACACCGUCGGGAAAUCAAGAUCUGGAAUCGAAUGUACGUAGUGAGAGGAACGUGGAGAAGAAGGCGCGAUCAUCACCACCGGUUAAGAAUUCAAAUUUGAUUCCGAGCUCCGCGACGGAAGCAGAGAGCUGUUUCGUCUCCGAUGCGCCUAAGAUCGGAACGACGUCGGUUUGCGGGAGGAGAAGAGACAUGGAAGACGCCGUCUCGGUUCACCACUCGCUGAUCCACAAAAACUCCGAGAAUCUCCACUUCUACGGCGUUUUCGACGGCCACGGCUGCUCUCACGUCGCGGAGAAGUGCAGGGAGCGGUUGCAUGAGAUAGUGAAGCGGGACGUCGAGGCUAUGGCCGCCGGAGGAGAGGACGAGUGGAAGGAGACGAUGGCGAAGAGCUUCCAGAAGAUGGAUAGAGAAGUUAGCCAGCGAGACUCUAACGGUGCGGCGAGUCGGAGCGUGAAGAGCUCGUGCAGAUGCGAAUUGCAGUCUCCUCAGUGCGACGCCGUCGGAUCCACCGCCGUCGUGUCCGUAGUCACGCCGGAGAAGAUCGUCGUCUCUAACUGCGGAGACUCUCGCGCCGUGCUUUGCCGUAACGGUGUUGCCAUCCCUCUCUCUUCAGAUCAUAAGCCGGAUCGACCCGAUGAAUUGAUUCGGAUCCAACAAGCGGGCGGGCGGGUAAUCUACUGGGACGGAGCUCGGGUUCUAGGAGUUCUCGCCAUGUCGAGAGCUAUUGGUGAUAACUAUUUAAAACCGUAUGUGAUUCCGGAUCCGGAGGUGACCGUGACGGAUCGAACAGACGACGACGAGUGCUUGAUCCUUGCGAGUGAUGGACUCUGGGACGUUGUGACGAACGAGACUGCGUGCGGCGUUGCUCGCAUGUGCCUUCAAGGUGCUGCUGCUGCCGAUGGUGGAGACUCCGAUACGGCGCACAACGCGUGUUCGGACGCUUCGUUGCUUCUGACGAAGCUGGCUCUGGCGAGACAGAGCUCCGAUAACGUUAGUGUCGUGGUGGUUGACUUGAGGAAAAGGAGGAGUAAUAAUCAAGUGUCUUGAUUUAGUGAUUUAAUUAGUAGUAGUAUUAGAUUAGAUAAAUUGUUACAUACCUAAUUGUAAUUUUUGUUGAUUUUUAUUAUUUUUCUAUUUUAGUUUUAUCUUGUUUUAAGUUUUUUUUUAAACAGCUCUUAAUUCAAGCUGAGGAAGGAAAGGAGCUGAUUAAAAAGUUGCGUAUUUCUUUUAUUUUCCAUAUUUUUUUUAGGCAUUAUUAUCAUAUACGUGUAUUUCUCUUUUUCUGAUCAAUUAGAGAUGUAAACAAGUAUUACGUUAA